CUGAGCUGCCAUUUUUGGUCCCCCUGCUCCAGGAAAGACUACUGAUGCUAAGCAGCUGUGUGACCUAUUCAAACUACAUCAUACACUAAUCAAGAAUGUCAUUGAUGAGGAGCUUGAGAACUUGAAAACCAAAGACAAUAGGACCAAUGAGGGAGACAUGGAGGAAGACACUGAUAACUCAGCUCAAGAGGCCCAGGACCAGCUAGAUCAGAUCAAAGAAAGCCAAGAGAAUAACAAUGGGAGCAUCGAUGAUCACUUCAUCAUUCGAUUCCUCCGUGACCGGCUCAAGCUGCCAUGCCUUGUCACAAUCAAGGCUUCAUCUUGGAUGGUUUCCCAAAAUGCUGAGGCCAGGGAUUUGUUUAUAAGUGAAGAAGAAGGUGGUGAAGGAGGAGCCAGAAACUACAACAAACGGAUCAUGCCUAAGUUUGUGAUUUGCCUUGAGGCCACAGAUGAUUUUCUAAAGAACCGAGUCAUGACCCUGCCUGAGUCUGUUGUUAAUGCCACCCACAACACAGAAAAAGAACUCAUCAGGCGUCUCUUGGAGUACAGGACUCAGAACUCAGAUGAUGAAACUGUGCUGAACUAUUUUGAUGAGCUGGAAUUUCAUCCAGAGAAAAAUUGACUUUAAUUUUGAUACUUCAGAAAUGAUGAAAGACACGGUAGAAAAAAAUUAGAAAAAAAUUUUGGCAGUCCCAGAAACUAUGGGCCUACACCUGAAGAGUUAGAGGAAAUGAAAAGAAUAGAAGAAGAGCAAAGAGAGAAAAGAGAAACGGAAGAGAUAGAAGAAAAAAGCUAGAAGAGAAGCUGAAGAACUUUAGGAAAGGCGAAGAAGACAAGAGGGAUGGUCCACUAGGCUUAAUGAGGGGAAGAGAGAAGAACAAGAACUGCAAUCCCCAAGUAACUACCUGAUGAAGCAUGUGAUGCCAACAUUGACUCAAGCUCUCAUUGACUGCUGCAAGACAAGACCAGAUGAUCCCAUUGAUUAUCUUGCUGAAUAUUUAAUUCAACACAAUCCACAAAUUGAUUAGAGUCAUCUUGGAUCCUCAAAUUCUCCUAAUCCGACUACCAUCAUCAUUAGACAAGCAAAAUACUAAAACAAAAAAAG